CUGUCCGCACUUGUGCACUGUUUGAGAACCAAUGGUUCGCGCCGUAUAACCAAUCUUUUGUGGACUCAUGCCGAGUCAACCACCACCGUACUGGGACGUGCCAGAUCGUUGAUACGCUCGGGGUUGGGAUCAACCGGGCAUGCCUGUCGGAUCUGCUCAGUCGGUUACGCCACAUUGUCUGGUCCGGACAGUGAUCGUUCGGUCCAGAACCCGACUCGUUCUGCCGGGUCCAGUGUGGUCCAGAAACUGACAAAGAAAAAGGAGUCUAGCCUCGGUCUGGGUGUCCCACUUACCACGGGUCAUUUGAACAAAAAACGUCAUGAUAAGGUGAGUGUGUUAUUGAAUCAACAACGGUAG